GGCGACGGAGCGACGAUGUCUUCCGGGAAAGAACGCGGCCGCGGCCGCGCUCUGAAUUUGGUCCCUCUGGAGACGCCGUCCGGCCGCGCGCCGCGCCCGCGUCACGUGACCGCGGCCUCGGGAGCGGCCGGUCGCGCAGCGCCGCGGGGUCUCGCGCCGAGGUGGGCCGCCGGCGGGAUGGAAGCCACUUUGGAGCAGCAUCUGGAGGACACAAUGAAGAAUCCAUCCAUUGUUGGAGUCUUGUGCACAGAUUCACAAGGACUUAAUCUGGGCUGCCGGGGUACUCUGUCAGAUGAACAUGCUGGAGUGAUAUCUGUUCUUGCUCAGCAAGCAGCUAAGCUAACCUCUGACCCCACUGAUAUUCCUGUGGUAUGUCUAGAAUCAGAUAAUGGGAACAUUAUGAUCCAGAAACAUGAUGGCAUAACAGUGGCAGUGCACAAAAUGGCCUCUUGACAUUUCAUGUCAGUUUUAUAGAAGCCUGUCAUAGGGAUUCAGCCUACCAGUACUAAUUAAAAAUUGUAAAACUAUU